CUGCAAUGCCAGGUGCCAUCACUAUUAUCAACUCGCAUUGUUUCACCCAUCUGGUAGCACCGCAAGUCGUAUUGUGCAAAAAGAAAAUAUAAUUUAGCCAAAACAAAUCCAAAUAAGGACCAUGGCCCACGACCGCGAGGUGCUGCGAAUGAUCUGGGAGGGCCAGAUAGGCAUAUGCUUCCAGGCGGAUCGGGACGAGAUCGUGGGCAUAAAGCCGGAGCCCUUCUAUCUGAUGAUAUCGCGACUUAGCUACUUGCCUUUGGUCACCGACAAGGUUCGCAAGUACUUCUCACGCUACAUAAGCGCCGAGCACCAGGAUGGAGCGGUGUGGUUCGACUUCAAUGGAACGCCCCUGCGCCUCCACUAUCCAAUUGGUGUCCUAUACGAUCUGCUGCAUCCGGAGGAGGACAGCACGCCCUGGUACCUCACCAUUCACUUCUCCAAGUUCCCCGAGGACACGCUCGUCAAGCUCAAUUCCAAGGAGCUGCUGGAAUCGCACUACAUGUCCUGCCUGAAGGAGGCGGAUGUGCUCAAGCACCGCGGCCUGGUCAUAUCCGCAAUGCAGAAGAAGGACCACAAUCAACUGUGGCUGGGACUGGUCAACGACAAGUUCGACCAGUUCUGGGCCGUCAAUCGGAGGCUGAUGGAACCGUAUGGCGAUCAGGAGUCCUUCAAAAACAUUCCCCUGCGAAUCUACACAGACGAUGACUUCACGUAUACCCAGAAACUGAUUUCGCCGAUCAGCGAGGGCGGACAAAAGAAGAGUUUGGCCGAUUUGAUGGCCGAAUUAUCGACACCUGUGCGCAAAGCUGUUGGAUGUCGCACCCACGCCAUCGAUCUUCACGAGGAGACGCAGCUGCAGUGGAUGUCCGAGCAUCUGAGCUAUCCCGACAACUUCUUGCAUUUAUCGGUGGACUACAAGGAUGUUUAGCCCUAUAUCUACAUACAUGUAUAUAACUUAACCCUAUAUUUUCGACAUUUUGCCCAGUUCGCGUGUGUGUAUAUUUGUGUUUGUGUUCGUAGUUGAGUCCAUGUCUGCUGUGCUAUUUUCCGAUUCCAGCGAAUCCCAGGGCGAUCCUCCGCGAUCGAUUUACAGUCCUAUACACAUACAUAUAUAUAUGUAAACGCCUACAUGUAUAUACAUAAAUAAAUGAAAUAUAAAAUAUAUGUUUAGUUAAGCUAAUCUGUAUGUUAUACUUACGAUAUAUGCCAGCAUUUAAAAGAAGCGAGCAGCGCAAACCAAACGAUUCCUGAAACUUCCCACUAACUGAUAAUACCAACGCAUAUUACUUCAUACGGUUUUUAUUUUUUAUUUCGGAGCCCUUUCUGCCAAUUUAUGUUGCAAAAAACCCACUGAAAUCUAAGCACAGUUUUAUUAUGUUUAAGCAAUUAGUCUACACACUGAACUAACAUCACACUAAUGAUGAAUGACAGCUAUUUUGUAUCGAAUCAAAAAUACAUAUAUACA